CAGUGUGAUUGUUAGUGAGUGACAGAGAUGGAACUGAAGCUGCAGCUCAGCGUUUUCAUGCUACUCAUACAGGUUUCACUUGCAUUGUGGCAGCGUGUGACUGUGAAGAAAGGUCAGACGCUCAACCUAAGCUGCCCCCUUACCAGUGCUCACAAGACCCAUGUGGAAUGGAAGAACCCGGAAGGAUACCUUAUGUUCUUCAAUCGCAAUAAAGCUUUAAAGGACAAGCGCUACAGUAUCAACAAGCUGUCUGAGUCAGAGUUCACCAUCAGUAUUUCUAAUGUCAACUUCAGAGAUGGAGGCAAUUACACGUGUUCUCAGUACAGCCAGCACUCCAUAGAUAAGACAGUGGAGGUGACAGUGCUAGGUCAUCCCAAAAUGAAAGUGACAAAGCAUGAAGGAAAGACUCUCAUAAAAUGCACUGCUGAGGGGAACAACUACGCCCCAGAGAUCUCCUGGCAAUUAGACAACGGUCCUGAAAUUCUGGCUCAUGCCCAAGUCCACCAGGAAGGCAAGAAAUAUGUCUCUGUGGAUAUCUUACGUGUUUUCUCAGUGAAGGAGAGAAUCCCUGUGAAAUGCCUCGUCCGCCAUCCAGCUCUGCACACACAUCCUCUGAUGAACUUUGUCUAUAUUGGACAAAGCUCAAAAAAGUUCGACCACACCACUGCGACCAGUUCACCCACAGCUCAGCCUCAAGGGUCAACAGGAGUGCUGAGAACAACCAGCAGCUGGGUCGGACAUGGAAGAACAACAGUGUACCUCACAACCGGAGACGUGAGUGGGCCUUCAUCAGAGAGCUCUACCAAGUCACCAGCUGUGACCUCUUCUCACCUGUCUCCCUCCAAUGAGCCAAAGACAGUUACAGAACCCACAAGUUUUCCUAUGAACCCUGUUACAUCCACAGGCUCACAUCUCAGCACCAGUGGCUGGAUGUCUGUGUCUGAGACGACAGUGGAGAUCACAUCCAACAACAGUACAGAGGGAAACAGAACAGGGAGUAAUAAUGACUCAAGGAUGCAGAGAGAAGGUGAAGGAAGUUCAUCAUUACUGGUCUUCCUGGUGACGUGCCUGAUCUUCGCUCUGCUGGUGGUGGUCAUUUUUUUUGCCAUCAAACUGAGGAGAGCCCACAUCCUAUGGAAGAGAGUUUUUUUUGUUACAGAGAAUGAAGACUCCGAUCCGUCAGAAGAGAGCAAUAAAUCAAAAGCAAGCCAGGAGGAGAGGAACUCCCAAGGACAAAGACGAAGAGGGCUCUGCAACACUGCAUUCACACAGUACGUCUCUGAAGAGCCAGUGAUGACUUCAGUAGUAAACACAGGUGCAAUGACAGCGACAGAGAGGCAAACCCUAUCUCAAACUUCAGCCAGAUGUGACAUAAAGGAAACAGAUCUAUAGCAGAUUUGUAAAAGAUGGCAUUUAUAAUAUCAUCAGCACCAUAAUGUUGCUCAUGGGUUAAGCUGAUAAGCUUUUUUUUUUACUGCACUUGUAACAAAAAUUGUAUGUUUACACAGAAAAGAAUGUGGUAACACAUUGUUAAUAACUGUAGUACUGUACUGUACUGUAUAUAUACUGUAUAAAUUAUAUGUUUAUAUGUACCAAUAAAUUAUAUUUUUUGCUA